AUGGGCGACGUGGCUAGUCCCCCUGUAGCUGGGGCUACGGGCGGCCAAGAUGGCGCAGCAGAGGCCAGCUCGAGCAACAAGUUUCAAGAUGCGAUCCUAGCAUGGAGAAACAUCGACCUGGCAGGUCUGGUUUCAAACCUAGACAACACGGCAUCGGACAUUGUGGCGUACCAGCGCGACUCGACGGUGCAGAGGAAGGAUCUGGCACAGAAGACAAAGGACUUUCGGAAACUGGACGAUGCGGGCAAGCUCGCGGACAUUAAGGGACUCCUCAAAGCCUACCAGACAUUCAUCGAUCUCCUUACGAACCACUCCAAGUCAGUCAACUCGGCCUUCAUCCAGGCGUACAAUGCGCUGUCAGAGGCGCCAGACCCGUACCCACUGCUGGAGGCGUCGGUGGACUCGAUGCUGGUGGCAGAAGACACGCUGCCGAAGCUGACGGCGGAGAACGAGCACCUGCAACGGUCGGUGGCAGGACUGACGACACAGCUGGAGUUGACGGAGUCGAAGCUGCAGACGGAGCGGACAGCACGGAAGCAGCUGGAGGACACGCUGGAGAGCCGGGUCAAGGAGGUGGAACAGUCGUGGACGGCAAUGGUGGCGGAGAAGCGGGAGAACUGGGAGGCCAAGGAGAAGACGUUUGAGGACAAGAUCGAGAACCAAGAGCGGCUGCUGUUGGAGAUCAAGGCCAGCUACGAGGUCAACCAGCGACUCGGCCACGCGGAAGGAGCAGGGGGUGGGGGCGAGGGCGCAGGAGCAGGAGCGGGUGCGUACGUGACGAGCGCGGAACUGGAGAUGGUACACGCAGAUCUGGAGCGGACGAGCGGACGGCUGGCGGACGUGGAGGCGCGCAACGAGCAGCUGCUGGUGGACCUGGCACAGGCCAAGUCGGCGCUGCCGGAGCAGGCGGUGCGGCUGGAGGACGACCCGGGAUACCUGCAGGUGCUGUCACAGAACUCGUCGCUGGUGCGGAAACUGGACGCCAGCCGAGUGGAGCGAGACGGGCUGAAACGUGGCCUGGAUGGACGACUACGCGGGCUCGAGCGCGAGGUGGCACUGCUGCGCGAUGAGCGGGAUGGGCUCAAGACCAAGGUGCAGCGGUGGAGCGACUACGAGGACGUGAAGCAGGAGCUGGAGGUGCUGAAAAGCAUCGAGUUUGCAACGGGCGAGGAGGAGGAGGGGCUGCUGCUGGCGCGAAACAAGAAGCUGGGCGACGAGCUGACGAUCCUGCGAGUGUCGCACCAGGACCUGCAGACGCGGCUGACGACGGUGGAGGGACAGUUGAGGCAACGGCAAGCGGACGUGGAGCGGCUGCAGAAGCUGAACGAGAAGUUGGAGAAUGACCUGGCGACGGUGGAAGCGGAGGCGACGAACCUGUUUCCAUCGGGCGCAUCGGUGGCGGGAACCUAUGUCAGCCGGUAUGCAGCAGCGACAACAUCAGGAGGUGGGGGUGGAGGAGGACGGCGAGGGGCUUCGGGCAGCGGUGGGCGGUCGACAUCGCCGACAUCGUCAAUCAUCAGCGGGUUUGAUUCGCGAGUUGGGGUCGGCAGCGGACAUCACGGACACCAGUUCUCGGGGCCGGACUCAGCGACGGGAGGCGGAUCGGCGAUGCUGCCAAUGAUCACAGCGCAGCGAGACCGGUUCAAGAAGCGGAUCGCACAGUUGGAGCAGGAGCUGGCGGACGAGCACCGAACAGUGUCCCAUCUGCGACAGGAGACGGCAGCGCUGCAGAAGGACAACCUGAAUCUGUACGAGAAGACACGGUACAUGUCGAGUUACCGGGGCGGAGGAACGGCGAUGACGUCGGCUUCGUCGGCGUCGGACUACGGCAACAACCCGAACCCGGCGACGGUGGCGAUUGGCGGCGGCGGCGUGUCGCUGGACCGCUACCGCAAGGCAUACGAGAGCAACCUGUCACCGUUCCAGGCGUUCCGCGGACGCGAGUCGGCGCGGGCAUAUCGACGGCUGUCGCUGCCGGAGCGCGUGGUCUACUCGGUGACGCGCAUGGUGAUGGCCAGCCGGACGAGCCGCAACCUGUUUGCGGCCUAUUGCGUGACCCUGCACCUGGUCGUCUUUCUGUCGCUGUACUGGCUUAGCAGCCUGGACGGGCAGACACACGCGAGCAACUUUGGGCACAGCGCGGCGAUGGCGGCCGGCGGAGCUGUCGGUGGAGGAGCAGGCGGAGCGGCCGGGGCUGUCGGGGCUGCCGGAGCUGUUGCGGGCAGUGGAGGCGGCAGCGGUGGCAUUGCGGGCGGUGCAGCAGCUGCUGCUGGCGGAUCGUCACAUGGACAGUGGCAGGAAGAAGGAUUCAGUCACUGA